AUGCUGUCAAAGCAGCUUUCGGCUUUCUCCGCGCCGCCGCGGUACCGCAACAGUGGUGCGUUUGUUCACGGGACGAAGUUUCGAAACUUUGCAUCCAUCAUGGAACAAGGACUGAAGGCUGCUAAAAGUGAGAUCUACAUGGUUGACGAUGUGCGGCCUGAUGGCAGGGUUCCUGGACUGAAGCAAGCACCAGAGAUCUUGAUUUUUAUCGAUGAGGACAAGGCACGGAAAGAGCACAUGCACUUCGAGUAUGAUGCCAGGGAAGGCACUUGGAAGACAAGAGGUAUUGACGGAGUGAUUCGUCCUUGGUUCUUCCAGAAGGUGAUUGACCAACGAAGGGGUCGAGGCAGAGGCAACAUCCUUUUCCAGUCCAAGGAAGAUCCUCUUAUGCAGGCUGGGAAGCUCCUGGGACCAGUGCGACCCAGAUACCUGUUGCAUGCCACCUACUGGGAGAACGUUGCCGGCAUCCUGACAGAAGGUAUCGUUCCAGCGAAGAAUCCAUUGUCUGAUAUCAGAAAGCCCUUUAAGGAUUUGUUGCAGGGCGCCGAGUCUCAUGUCUACACCAUGCGCAGCACCGACCUCGGGUGCCUUGAGUCGAAGGUUGUGCCGCAGAGUGAGGUGGUAAGCUUCAUAGUGGACAAGGAGCAAGUCGGCCUCGAUCGACAACCUGAUGCCAUUUUCGUCAUUGAUACCAGCAAAGCCGAGAAGAUGGGAAUCGAUCUUGAGAUGGUCCAAUCAGGUGAUGACCGUGAGGACAAUAUCUAUGUCCGAGGCCGGAUCCCUGCCGAGAUCCUGACAGCUCAGCCGAACAUACCGAGGAAUUUGCCAGACACACUCAAGGCGAAGAUUGUGGAUCCAAAGUCGUUCGAACAGAUCCCCAUCAUCGAUUUGGCUCUCAGCGAGGCCGAAGUCAUCAAGAAGUUGACCUACUCUUGCGAGGUGGUGGGUUUCAUGCAAGUUGUGGGGCAUGGCGUUCCAUUGGAGUUGCAGGAGAAGGCCUUGGAUCUUCAGAAGAGAUUCUUCCAGCUCUCCCAGGAAAAGAAGGACAAACUGCGGCUUCGUGAGGAAAGCCUCGUGCGCGGGUACUUUGGUCGAGGUGGUGAGGACUUGGACCAAGUACUUGAGAAACAGGUGGACGAAGCCAAUGGCAAGGACUCCAUCCAAAAAUCUCGGAAGGACUGCAAGGAGGCCUUGGACAUGAAUGGCGUCCCUUGGGCCAAGCCUAAGGGAGGCUUUAUCGGAGAAAUUUUCGGCCAGCCUUCGCAGAUGCCUUCCGAGGAGGAGCUUCCAGGGUUCAGGGAAGUCAUGGAACAAUAUGCCUUAGAGAUGUUCAAGCUCUCAAAGAGGUUGCUUGAGCUGAUGGCGUUGAUCUUAGGAAAGCCCAGAGAUUUCUUCCACCAGUUUUUAGACCAGCCGGUUGCCACUCAUCGGCUGCUGCACUAUUGGCCUAUCAAGGAUUUCAAUUUGGAGAUCGGCGUUGGGGAGCAUACGGAUUACGGGCUGUUGACCAUCUUGAAGCAGGAUAUGGUUGGCGGACUCCAGGUGUUGAAUGCCAAAGAUGGUGUUUGGGUACAUUGCUGCCCAGUCGAGAAUGCCUUUGUCAUCAACCUGGGGGACAUGAUUGGUAGAUGGACGGCGCACCGUUUCAAGUCCACCGUGCAUCGGGUCGUGACGACCAGCGACAAGGAUCGAUACUCUGUCCCAUUUUUCCUUGAGCCGAAUUUGGACACAGUCAUCGCGUAUGGCGGACUUUGUAGCGGACCCGGGUCCAGCUCUGAAUCCAAGUUUGAUCCUCCUUCACGGGAGGAGGACACCGCAGGUGCAAUCCUUGAGCGCUUCUACAGAGCCUCAGGACAGCUGCGGACAUCAGGAGACAAAUGA